AUGACAAGUACCGACUCAACCAAAUCUCAACAUGCCUCGGAUCGGCAAGAUAUCCGCUCUAUCGAAGACUUCGGCCUGGUGCGUCACCCCGACACUCAAGGCUAUGUGGACGACAGCGAAGCUUUGAGCCGAGCGUUCGGAGGCACGGGUUUAGGUGACAUAUUUGCAAACCGCUUCAUCGUCACUUGCGUCUUGGCGGCUUGUACAGGGGGUUUGCUAAAAUUUGUCACUUAUCGUCCAGGUUUCGAUCAGGGUAUCCUCUCCGUCGUCUACGUCAUGCCCCGUUUCUUGGACCAAUUCCCAGAAGUAAAUGAUUCGGUCUCUACAGCGGCGAGCUUUAACAAGGGUCUGAUGACGGGAAUGCUAGAGAUGGGUGCCUUUCUAGGAGCGCUGAUGGCUGGAUUCGUCGCCGACAAGUAUUCUCGAAAAGCAUCCAUCCUCUUCGGUCUGAUCUGGUUCGUGCUGGGUUCUACCGUGCAGACGGCUUCCUUCAACUACGCAACCCUUGUGGCCGGAAGGACUCUCGGUGGUGUCGGUAUUGGAAUCCUCUCGUCCACGGCCCCGAUGUAUAUAUCCGAGGCAAGUGAGGUUGCACCCCCAAACGUUCGAGGCGCUCUGCUCGCUAUGGAACAGUUCACCAUUGUCCUUGGCAUCAUCGUCAUGUUCUACAUCACUUAUGCUACCAGGCAUAUCGCUAGCGAUUGGUGUUACCGUCUUCCCUUCUUGUUGCAGAUGGUACCGAGCAUCUUCCUCGGCGGGUCGCUCUACUUCCUGCCGUACUCGCCUAGAUGGCUCGCUAGUAAAGGUAGAGAGGAAGAAUGUCUCGACGCCCUUUGCAAACUCCGACAACUGCCGUCGUCGGAUCCUCGAAUUCAAGCAGAGUGGAUCUUGAUACGGGGAGAGGCCAUUCAUAAUCGCGAGGCCCUGCUCAUCCGACAUCCCAACAUGCGAGGCGAGGGUUUCAAGAUGGAACUCCAGCGGGAAAUAGCCAGUUGGGUCGAUAUGUUUCGUCCCGAAGUCAUUCGAAGGACGCACAUUGGAAUCGGUCUCAUGUUCUUUCAACAGUUUGUCGGGAUCAACGCUUUGAUUUACUAUAGCCCCUCUCUCUUCGAGACCUUGGGAUUGGAUUACGAGCUGCGCCUCACCCUUUCCGGCGUCAUGAACGUGGUGCAGAUUGCGGGAGUGAUUCCCGCCAUCUUCUUGCUGGAUAAGCUUGGGAGGAAGUUCUGGCUGUAUUUCGGAUCAUUUGGGAUGAUGUCCUCUCAUUUCAUCGUUGCGGCCAUGGUUGCGCGAUACUCGGCUAAUUGGGCCGAUCAUCCCGCUCAAGCUUGGGUCGGAGUCGCCUUUAUACUCUUCUAUAUCUGGUGUUUCGGUACUCCUGUUCCAUGGAGCAUGCCAGCAGAGGUUCACGCUUCAAGCUAUCGUGCCAAAGGUGUGGCGCUGGCCACAUGCAGCAAUUGGAUCAAUAAUUUCAUCAUCGGCUUGGUGACACCGCCGAUGAUCAGAAAUAUAGGAUACGGUACGUUCCUCUUCUUCGGAAGUUUCUCCUUUUUGUCCGCUGUAUGGACCUACUUUUUCAUCCCCGAGACCAAGGGCAAGACGUUGGAGCAGAUGGACGCUGCGUUCAAGACAGAUCAAUCCGCUAAAGACGCCGUCGCCAAAGCCGAAAUCUCCCAACUGCUUUGUCCCGCGGGUUCCGGCUCGAGUGAUGAUCCCGCCAGAGUGGACGAGAAGCGAUACGACAAAGGAGGAUUCGAGCAAGAGUGGCAGGAGACCGUGAUCUGA